GGCUUUUGGUGCGCAGCAGCUGUUUGGAGAGCCUGGGUGGGAGUGCGAAAGCGAAGAAAAGUGGAGAGGGCGCGGCCCGCGGCGGAGGCCACCGCGCUGCGGGCUUGUGUGCGGCCUGCGGGCAGGAGACGGCGCAGGCGAGUCCCCAGGCCACGGCCAACGCGGGGCUGCGCGGGUGUCCCCCAAAGGCUUUCCCGCCUCUGGCCAAGGAGGAAGGACGCUGCGCUGCCGCAGGAUGUCGGGCGGGGCAGAGGCGCCGGGGGCGGGCUGCCUUUCACUGGGAAGCAAAAGCGACCAGCACCUCCUUCGAGCCGGAAUCGAACCAGCGACCUAAGGAUGACCACACGUGUCGGAUCUACAGUCCUCCGCUCUACCAGCUGAGCUAUCGAAGGGUGCGCGCCACCAAGCGGCCGGGGACCUUCCUUUUUCCGGAAAUGCCGCUACACGACACUGGGACGCUGGUCGGAAGCCCCUUUGAAGAGAGCCGUGCGCGCGGCCGCCAGGGCGCUGGGUGCGGGUGCGAGGACCCGGCUAUCCUGCGGGGUGGCUGCGGCCCAGCCGUGGUGGUGGCUGGCAUCCGGGCGACGAGUUUCAAGAUGCCUCGUGUCCUCUCCGCCGUCCCUGUUUCUACAAGUGGGGACCGCGGCCUGAAAGCUGGGAAGAGGGCUAGGGGAGAGGCGGCGAAAUGGAUACGCUCGCGGGGUGCGGAAGGCCGAGCCGAGGAGACGGGCACAGCGAAGCCGGCUGCCAACCGCCUAGGCAGCCACCUGGUGCUCUUUAAGUGCCGUUAG